AUGGACAAAGAUGAUAUACUAGAAACGGCUGACUGUUUAGAAUUUCCAGCGAAUUCUAUAUUUUUCCAUGAAACAUCAUGCAAAGGCAGUCUGGAUUCUCGUCAAGCUUGCUCCGUGGAAUCGGCUGCUAGAAUUCAUGCUCAUUGGAAUAUAAACGUAUUAUUUAUAGCACCUGCGACUAAAGAUACACUUGGAAAAGCUCGUUUUCUACAAGAGAUGAAUAACGUGAAAUUCUUCAGGAUUCAUCUAAAGAAAUAUUCUACUGGCACACCUUUGGAAGAUUUCGUAGCGAAGGGAACUUUGAAUAGAACUCGUUGGCGGAUCUCGCACGCGUCUGACGUGCUGAGAUAUUUAACACUGUUCAAAUGGGGCGGCAUCUACUUGGACCUUGAUGUGAUUGUAGCAAAGCCGUUUACUGAUUUGUCUAGGAACUGGGCGGCUAGAGAAAGUACUACAGCAGUUGCUGCAGGUGCAAUGGCCUUCUCUAGAGACAGUUUGGGAAGGUCCGUCGCUGAAGCCACUGUUAGAGAUAUAAUCAGGAAUUACAGGGGAGAUGUUUGGGGCCACAAUGGUCCUGGCGUGAUUACGAGAGUACUCAAGGAGAUGUGCUCAACCGCUGAUGCCACCAAAAUGUCAGCAGCUACAUGUAAUGGUUUCGAAGUAUACAGCCCUAAUUUCUUCUAUCCCAUCGAUUGGCAACGUGCGAAGAUAUAUUUUGAACCUGGAGUGUUACCAACAAAAGACGCAUAUGCGUACCACUUUUGGAAUCAUAUUACACAACACUACAAAAUGGAAAAAGGCUCCUCAUAUGAAAUAUUAGCUAAGAAAUACUGCCCCACAGUCUUUUUGGAAGCGUUCCCUCUGAUCUUCAGCCAGAUUGUCGGGAAAUCUAUCCAGAUAAAUGUGAUGUAUUAUUAUAACAAAUGGAGAAUUGCGUGCAAAUACUCAGCCCUCUUAAGCUUAGUGGUCACUUUGAUUUUAAUAUAUGUAUCGAAAACUAAGGAUACGGAGUUGUACAUAAUCCGUUGGAAUUUAACUGAGGACAUAUCAUGCCAUUUACACGAAAGAGGCGACGUGUUGACACGAGUCGACGAUUCAUUUGCGCCACCAGAAAAAUCUAUAUAUUUCAUAGAGACUUCUUGUAGAGGGGGCUUGACAUCGAGACAAGCCUGUGCUGUUGAGUCAGCAGCAAGAUCUAAUACAGAAUGGACUGUUCAUGUUUUGUUUAGUGGUUCUGUUACAGAAUCAGUAUUGAAGAGGAGUUGUUUAUCGAAACUUGUAGAUUACAAAAACGUGAAAUUACUAAGGAUUCAUAUGACAGACUACGCCAAAGGAACUCCUUUAGAGAACAUGGUGGCAGCGAGCCCUUAUAAUAGGAGUAAGUGGCGUAUCGAACACAGUUCCGAUGUUUUGAGAUAUCUGACACUUUAUAAGUAUGGUGGUGUGUACAUGGACUCUGACGUAGUGGCAGUGAAAUCUUUAGACUCGUUGGGGAAAAACUUUGCGGGACGAGAGAGUGAAAGAUCAGUGUCUGCCGGUGUUUUAUCCUAUUCUAGAGACGAAUUGGGAAGGAAAAUUGCUAAUGCCUCUAUUGAGUAA